CCGCCGCCCGCGCAGCGUCACCUCUUCAGCGACGCGGCCGAGGUGGGCGCCGUGCGGAGCGCCCUGCUCGCCUGGUACGACUCGUGCAAGCGCGAGCUGCCCUGGAGGGCGCUGGCUGCGAAUGAGCCCGAUGUUGACAGACGGGCGUACGCAGUGUGGGUGUCCGAGGUCAUGCUCCAGCAGACGCAGGUCGCUACCGUGAUCGACUACUACAACCGCUGGAUGCAGAAGUGGCCGACGCUGCAGGCUCUGGCAGCCGCUUCGCUGGAGGAGGUGAAUGAGCUGUGGGCUGGACUCGGCUACUACUCGCGAGGGAAGCGGCUGCAGGAGGCAGCGAGGAAGGUGGUGUCCGAGCUGGCUGGCAGGAUGCCCCGGACGGCUGAGGAGCUGCAGAAGCUGCUGCCGGGAGUGGGCAGAUACACGGCGGGAGCCAUCGCGUCCAUCUCGUACGGGCAGGCUACCGGGGUUGUGGACGGGAACGUGAUCCGUGUCCUGUGCCGCCUGCGGGGCAUCGGUGCCGAUUCCAGCAGCCCGGCGGUCCUCGACCGGCUCUGGGACAUGGCCAAUGUCCUGGUGGACAGGAGCCGCCCCGGCGACUUUAACCAAGCCCUGAUGGAGCUGGGGGCUACUGUGUGCGUGCCCAAGGCCCCGCUGUGCGCGGAGUGCCCCGUGAAGCAGCACUGCCACGCAAGACGCAGGGUGGAGAAGGAGCUGGGCUUGGCCUCCCAGCGGCUGCUCGGGACCUGCCCCGCGGUGCCCGAUGUGGAGGACUGCGGCGCUGGGGGCUGUCCCUUGUGUCCCCCAGCCACGGAGCCGUGGGACAGCAGCCUGGGGGUGACCAACUUCCCACGGAAAGCGGCGAAGAAGCAGCCGCGGGCGGCGCGGGCGGCCACGUGCGUGCUGGAGCGCGGGGGCCGCCGCGGGGCCCCCCGCUACCUCAUCGUGCAGAGGCCCAGCUCAGGGCUCCUGGCCGGGCUCUGGGAGUUCCCCAGCCUCCCGCUGGCUCCGGGGCUGCAGGAGGAGAAGCAGAGGGAGAUGCUGGCGGGGCACCUGCAGGCCUGGGGCGGGUGGCCUGUGGCAGCCGGAGGCCUGCGGUACGUCGGAGAGGUCAUCCACAUCUUCUCCCACAUCCACCAGACGUAUGUGGUCUAUUCCCUGCCUGUGGAUGAGGAUGUGACCCUCGACGCUGUGUUGCCCCCAUCGCGCUGGGUGACGGAGGAGGAGUUCCACGCCUCGGCUGUGUCCACAGCCAUGAAGAAGGUGCUGAAGGCUUACAGGAAGCAGCAAGGGGAGCAGAAUGGUCCAGGCAAGGGCUCCAAGAGGAAGCGGGGGGCAAAGCCGGGGGGCGCAGCUGGCACGCAGCUCUCCCUCCGGGCCUUCCUGCGGCCCCCGAGCCCCCAGUGA